AAUAAACUCAACAUGCCACAUAAUAAAACAAUCCAGAAUAUCUUUUUGAUAUUGUGUUCUGUGUUACUAAUAGUGACUAUAAGGAAUCAAAAUAAGAACGCGGUAAGGAAGACUAUGCCCAGAGACGUUGAUAAGGGCAACCAAAGCGGUCUCGAGAAUACAACGGCAGAUAAUGACUAUAAUGAUGGUCUUUUUGAGGCUACGACCAAAGAUGGAGGAUUCAUAAAUAAGGAUAUGAUUGAUCACACUCUAACUAAAAAUAAAUCACGAAAACAAAUUCUCACUACUACGACAUCUGAUGAUAUUAUCAAUCCUGAAAAUAAUACAAAACUUGAUGAAACAGAACAACAAAUAUACGAUGAAUUCGGUUUUGUACAUAAAAUAACAGAUUUUUUUCGAUAUGAGAAAAAGAUGAAUGAAGAUUGUACAACAGGAAGAGUGAAAAGAGCGCCCAAUACAGUCAUUGUAGGAAUUCAACGAUGCGGGGCACGCAUGUUAAGAUCAUUGUUAGGGGCGCAUCCUUCGAUCGCUGCUGCCGCCGGGGAGCCUCAUUUCUUCGACUUGAACUACUCAGAGCCAUUGACUUGGUACCUUAGGAAAAUGCCAUGUAGCUCUAAAGAACAGGUGACUAUCGAAUCAACACCUUCGUAUUUCAAUUUAGCAGAUCCUGCUCGAAUCUACGCUUUUAACCCCAAUAUGAAGCUAAUAUUGGCUGUUUGUGACCCGGUGAAAAGGACGCUAUCUGAUUUUAUCUAUAAUCAGCGUCUUGGACAUAUACCAAAAAGCAGAAACUUUGAAGACAUGAUCAUCGGGAGUGACGGUGAUCUAAAAUCAGAUAUAAACAUUGUUCAACAUUCCAACUAUCUCUAUCCAUUGAUCAAGUAUAAACGACAUUUUCAACUGAAUCAAAUUUACCCCGUUGAUUUGGAUUCUUUGAAAAUAGAACCAUGGAAACAGUUGAAUAAAAUUGAAGAUUAUUUAGGAGUUGAACAUGUGUUUCGACAAAGUUCAUUUUGGUUUAACGCUGAUAGGAACGUGUAUUGUCUUUCACCGAGUGCUUUCAAUGUGGCCAACUUGAAGAGUUUAGACGUUGAGAGAAAUGGCUGUAUCAAAACAUCCAAGCGCCCUUCGAAGCCAAUAAUGGAAGACCUUAGACAAAAACUAGAGAAACAUUUCACUGUUUAUAUAUCCGGCUUCUGUGGUAUACUUGGCAGCCACACGUGUCGAAAUUACAAGUGGACUCCCAUUAAACGAACCAGUGUUAGGGCACCUAACUAAUAAUUUCUAUUUUUUCAAUUUUCUUUAUUGUUGCAGUUCAAUUCACAAAAAUUCAAAUGAUGGUUAAAUGAUUAUAUGUAUAAAUGUUUAAAACAGGUAUGUAUAAUUCUUUUUGAAUUGUAUGAUACUGGUCUGUAUACUGCAUGUGUCAUCAAAAAUUUACAAAUUUUCUCUGCUUGUGACAUCACUGCUUAAGGUCUCGGGAUAGUAAUUAGAAAUUAACACCAAACAGGAAUUGAAUAAACCAUGUGAAUUCUAGACUUUUUUGAACUGCUUUGAUCUUCAGUCAAUUUUACUACUCCCACAUAUCAUUUACGUUGCCAG